UAUAAAACAUGAAACUCAAUUUUUAUUUUAUUUUUUAACUAAAUUUGCAUUUCACUAAACAACAAAUUGUAUUUAUGAAGAACUGUAUCUUAUUUAAGAAAUGACAUAAAAACUGCCAAUAAAAUGCUUUUGAAUUUUAUAAAUGAUUUGUAAAACAACAAGAAAACUUUAUCAAUAAAGUUAUAUUACAGAUACUAGCUUUUAAUUAUUUACUUAUUCAUAUUUUACAGUUGUUGGCUGUACAACCUGAACCUUUUGCUAUGUUUUUUUUUUCACUUGUUGGAUUUUACAAUUAUUUUUGAAAACUUUAUUGGCUUUUCUUAGUUAAACUAAGUUCAACAUUUUAUGAAGACAACCUAAUUUAAUAAAAGAAAUAUUUAACACUUUAUACUUCAAGGCGUUAUGACUAAUGCCCCUGAGAUGGACAUUUUUUCUGCAAGUUUUGAAAACAAUUUGCACACUAGUUACAUUUUAGCGAACAUGAAUUCUGAUCAAAAUACUUCAGGGAGUCAAACUUUGGAUUUAGAAACGACAAACAAAAGAAUAAAUAGCUGUGAAGUCUCAGUUGAAACAAAAUUUGAAUAUCAUACUGAUCAGAAUUGCAAUGAUAGUAAAACAGAGAUAGGUAAUGAUAAUGAAUACCAGAUAUCUAGUAAUAGACACAUGCUAGAUAUUCUAACGGAUCUAUCUGUAACAAAUAUAGAUAGACAAUUAUAUAUAAAUACAGAAUUUGACACCAUAAUGGUUAACCAAGCUAAUUCUGAUCAUUUUACUGAUUCAGGUUGUUUUUCAAGUCAAAGUACUAUAGAUAAUGGAAGCGAUAUCCCUCCAAAAGAUGUUAAUGACAGCAUAAAUGAUUUAAUAUCUAGCAAUGAAUCUCAUUUGAUACAUCCAAAUGAUGUCAAAAAUUUUAAUUUUGUAAAGAAUCUUACAUUUGAUAAUGAAUUUAAAGAUAAUGAUUUGGAUUCCAAUUGCAGUGGAUAUAAUUCGUCAGAUUUCGAAUUUAUCGAUGAAAACGAGGCCAAAAUGUUUAAUAUCGAAUUAGAUACAGACAUUGCAAGUAGAAGUGAUGUCAAUAAUGAGGUUUCGUUGGAUUUCUCGAAAGAUAGUAAUGAAAGUUUUGGUAAUUGUCUUAGUAAUUUGAAAGCAGAAGGCGAUGAUUUUUUAGUACUCUUCCAAUCAGCAGCUGCACAUAAUUUAGAUUUUGUGGAACAUAAAUGUAAUUUUAUUCCUAGCACAAAUCGUCCACGUUUACGUUUCGAAAUCGAAAAUUUUGAUGAAUGUAACGACAGUGAAGAUGUUGGUGGGUGUUUUUAUACGUUUUAUAAAUUCUUAUGUGGAAAAUCCAUUGUUUUAAUAUUGUUUAGGUCACUCUUUAUACAAGUUUUAGUUAGUAAAAAAUCUUACAUUUAUGGCUCCUGUAAACUAUUGUAUGUUUGAAAAAUAAAACUUUAAACAUUUAACGAUUUACAUAU